CUAAAACUUCAUCUUCUUCACCCAUCAUUACCCCUAAAUGCACCAUUAUCACUUCCUCCUGUAACACGCCAAAGCUACCAAUGGCCGAACCCUUCAUCCCAUUGUCUUCUUCAAUGUUAUUCCUCACUGUGAUUUCUCUUUUCCUUGCAUCAGCACUAUUUCCAGGAGUUGAAGGGAACAUUGGGGUCAACUAUGGCACCGUCGCGAAUAACCUUCCACCGACGUCGCAAGUGGCGCAUUUCCUUUUGGAGUCCACUGUUAUCAACCGCGUUAAGCUCUACGAUGCCAACCCCGACAUCUUAAAAGCCUUUGCUCACACCGGCAUUGCCGUGACGGUAACGGUUCCGAAUGAUCUGAUCCCUCGACUCACGAAGCUGAGUUUCGCGCAACAAUGGGUGGAAGAUAAUGUUCGACCUUACACGCCGACGACUAGUAUAGUUCGUAUUUUAGUCGGCAAUGAAGUGAUAACGACGGCGGACAAAUCGUUGAUCGGAAAUCUAGUUCCGGCUAUGCAAACCCUCCACACUGCCCUCGUGGCGGCUUCUUUAGACCGGAGAAUCCAAGUAUCGACGCCGCAUUCUUUAGGCGUUCUCUCGAACUCGAGCCCACCAUCGACCGGAAAAUUCCUACUGGGCUACGAUGUUCAUGUUAUGAAGCCAUUGCUUAGCUUCCUUAGAGCUACGAAUUCACCGUUUAUGAUUAACCCGUAUCCGUUUUUUGGCUGUUCAUCUGAUACGCUUGAUUAUGCGUUGUUUAGGCCAAAUGCUGGAGUGUUGGACGGAAAUACAGGGUUGCUUUAUACGAGCAUGUUGGAUGCUCAAUUAGAUGCGGUGUUUUCCGCCAUGAAAGUCCUGGGUUUCGAUGAUCUCGAGAUCGUUAUAGCCGAAACGGGUUGGCCAUCGAUGGGCGAUUCUACCCAAGUCGGCGUCGAUGCAAACGUUGCGGCCGAAUACAAUGGCAAUCUCAUGCGACACGUAUCGUCCGGUGCCGGCACACCGUUGAUGCCGAACCGAACUUUCGAGACCUACAUUUUUGCGCUUUUCAAUGAAGAUCUUAAGCCGGGUCCGACAUCUGAGAGAAACUUCGGUCUCUUCCGACAAGACAUGACACCCGUUUAUGAUAUCGGGAUCCUAAGGCCCACGGCUAGAUCAUCCAUUCCGAACAACCAGACCCCAAUUCCGUCGAAGACUCCGCCGUUAAAUCCAAAACCGAGAUCGUCUAAAGGAAAACGAUGGUGUCUUCCUAAAACAGGCGCCGACGAAAGCACUUUGCAAAGGAACGUCGAUUAUGUUUGUGGCUUGGGUUUGGACUGCGAACCGAUUCAACAAGGCGGUGACUGCUUCCUCCCCAACACAGUUCGAGCCCACGCCGCUUUCGCCAUGAAUGCUUACUAUCAAUCCACCGGAAAGAACGAGUCCGACUGUGAUUUCGACCAAACCGGAGCCAUCACCGACGUCGAUCCAAGUUAUGGAAAGUGCCAAUACUGAUGGCUUUUGUGCCGCAAACCAAGACAUGAAACUAUGAAUGAAUGAUUCACUUUGAGAUUCUGUUUUCACUUUUAGUUUUCUAUAGCUCAGAAGACGAAACAAGAAAACAGGGAGGGCUGCUCGGGUAUGUUACGCAGGCUUAAGUGCAUGCAUGGUCAUGUAGUAAAUUAUCCGAAAUGUUAAUUGU